AUGUUGGCACAUGCGCAGAAACGCCGAACAGGUCUUUGCUGGAGGUCUAAAACAAGUGAAGCCAAGCCCGGCGGAAGAAUCAGUCGAAGGAGCGAGCGUCGAGGAGCGGUUCAAGGUACCCUUGUAUGAAAUUUUUUCGAGGUUUUUACCGUUAAUUUUCACGUUUAGACCGAAUUUUUUGCGUUGUUUUUUUCUUAGAGUUUUCUCACUUAAUGGUGAGCCGUUCUAUAGGGUCGAUUCUUUGCGUUCUGUUGAUUUUUGUAGCUUUUUGUUUAAUGUCUAGCUUGCAUUUGUAGCGAAGUCGGCUUGUAGUCCCAAGAGUUGUUGUCGAAGACGGGAAUUUUGGGCGGCCAUUUUGACUUCAAUGCGACAUCAUUUGAACGCAAAAUUUUUUUUAGGUUCUGAGGAAGUGCUUCGGCCUUCUUUGGGUCGUCGAAUUUCAGAAUUCGUUUGUCUCCUUCGAAGAAACGCUUCUUUAAAGCUACAAAAUGACCGAGGUGAGCUUAGAAAACGACACAACCAUGUUUGUCGUUUGAAGAUUGAGCGGUGAUGCAGCUCGAAUCGGGCAAAGAAAUCGUUUAAACAAAGCGAACAAGAAUGCCACGUUAUUUUACCGCCUUUGCCUUCGAUCCUUCGACAAAAGCGAACGAAUUUUAGAGCAUUUUCCCUUGGGAAAGAAGACAUAUUUUCGCUUCUUCUUCGACUUAUGCGUCGACCAUACUGAGCCAAGCAAAUAAAGUCGAUUUUUCCCUCAAAAAUCCCGGCUAAAAUCAUUUAAAUUCGUUCAAAUAGACACAUGGUCUUUGUUGAAUGCCUUCGUUCUCGUUUCAUCGUAUUUCAACCGCGCAAACGAUUUUUAUUUCAACUAAAAUCUAGUCAAGUCACUUCGGUGAGAACAGAAAUGCACACAUGACAUUGCCAAUAUAACCCUUCCACAAAAACCCCAACUUAAAACACUGGUACACGAUCAAAC